AUGGCCAAAUUUCCAAACGAAGCAGCUUGGAUUACUGCAGCAAAAGCAAGACCUUUCAAAAUCGGACCAGGCCCGGACCCAACGCCUUCGGAAAAUGAGGUCGUUAUCAAAGUCGCUUACGCCGCCGUAAACCCUGUUGAUUGGAAGCACUACACAACCUGCCAGGAGAUCGUGGUAUCUGCAAUCCCAGACUCCCUCCCGCUAGAAAAUGCUGCUGUACUCCCCCUAUCGGUAUCCACAGCUGGCAGUGCGCUCUUUCACUAUCUCCAGCUUCCCUACCCAACCUUGAACCCCAAGCCCACCGGAAAGACGAUCCUGAUCUGGGGCGGGAGUUCUUCGGUGGGUAGCUCGGCCAUUCAACUUGCCCUAGCAGCGGGUCUUGAUGUUAUCGCUACGGCUGGAAGCUCUAAUAUUGAGUAUGUCAAGAGUCUGGGUGCUUCACGGGGCUUUGAUCACCAGGAUCCAGAUGUCGUUGAGCAGAUCUUAGGGGUUUUGAGCCCGGGAGAUUUUGUGUUCGAUGCUAUUAGUACUCAAAGUACGCAGAGUAGUUGUGGAAGAAUUCUCGGAGCGAUUGGAGGCGGCAAACUUCCUCUGACGGGGUGGCCCGUGGAAGGUUUGCCUGGCAAUGUUGAGGCGGUUUCCGUAAAUGGAUUAGCUCUGCGUCUGGUAAACUUGGAUGCUGGUGAUGCUGUGUGGCGCAAAUACCUUCCAGAGGCUUUGGCAAACGGAAAGUUCCUGGCUAAACCAGAUCCUUUGAUCAUCAAGGGCGGCCUGGAAAAGGUUCAGGAAGGUUUAGAUCUCCAAAAGAAGGGGGUAUCGGCAAAGAAGAUUGUUAUCGAGGUAGUGAGGGGGUAA